UAGCGCGUCGGAACGCUCGUCGGUUAUACGUCUUUUGUCUUAUUUUAGUAUAGCAUUAUUCGGUGCCGUAAAGGCUAGCGAGACGGUUUGUCUGCGAGUACCCAGUUUUCUCGCCCUUGUUUAUCUGGCUGGGGGUAGUUAGCGGCGAGGCACCACCCCGCGGCAGUGCUUCCGACGAUCGCUCCGCGAUGGCACGCUCGCUUGCCCUAACUACGUACGACUUUACACGCGCUACGAUCAAACAUAGGUGAACUUUGACAACGCAUAAAUCACCUUACAUUUUAUAUGACGACUAUAAAAUGACCCUUUUUUUACAUUUAUGUUGUGUAAUAUGGAUAGCGUUAACGGCCUGCUGCAGUACGACAGGUCGGGAAAUAACAGGUCAAAAUGUAGUAUCAGUCGCACCUAUUGAAGUCCCUGAUGAGUCGAUGUACCCAAGAUUUGCUGAGCCAAUACCAAACGUCACUGUCACUGUCGGCAGAGAUGCUUUGUUGGCGUGCGUUGUUGACAAUUUAAGAGGAUUUAAGGUGGCUUGGGUGCGUAUGGACACCCAGACAAUACUGAGCAUCCACCACAACAUCAUAACGCAGAACCCGCGCAUCAGCCUGUCGUACAACGACCACCGCUCGUGGUACCUGCACAUCAAAAACGUGCAGGAGGUCGACCGCGGCUGGUACAUGUGCCAGGUCAACACUGACCCCAUGCGCUCCAGGAAGGGAUACUUACAAGUUGUAGUGCCUCCAUCAAUCAUCGACAACAUGACAUCUACGGACAUGGUGGUGCGGGAGGGAGCUGAUGUAACCCUCGUGUGUCGAGCGUCCGGUUACCCCGAGCCAUAUGUGAUGUGGAGACGGGAAGACGGCCAGGACUUUAACUACAAUGGCGAAUCAGUAAGCGUGGUUGACGGAGAGACACUCACGAUAACGAAGGUGUCCCGAUUGCACAUGGGAGCCUACUUAUGUAUAGCGUCUAAUGGCGUGCCUCCUUCGAUUAGCAAACGCAUCAUGUUAAUGGUUCAGUUUCCGCCGAUGUUAUCAAUACCAAAUCAGUUGGAAGGCGCUUACCUAGGUCAGGAUGUCACGUUAGAGUGUCACACCGAAGCCUACCCCUCCUCCAUAAAUUACUGGACAACAGACAGAGGAGAUAUGAUCAUAUCCGAGAUGGAAAUUAUAGGUGGGAAGUAUGAAGCGAUUCCUGUCGACAGCGGGUACAACAAGUUUAUGAUGCUCAAGAUACGAAAUAUAACAAAAGAGGAUUUCGGAUUUUACAAGUGCAUCGCCAAGAACUCUCUCGGAGAGACUGAUGGGAUCAUUAAACUGGAUGAAAUCCCAGCACCACCAUCUGCAUUCACAACUACGCAGAAAUCUAUAUUAGACAACCAAACAAUUAGGAAGAAAGGUCAAUUACAAAUUCUUCAAACGAACGACGCAAUUAGUUCAACUUUUCAAGGUGAGGCAUUCGAUGGGCAAAUAAGAGAUUUCGAUUUUUAUGACAACUCGGCGUCAUCAUUUAAAUUUUAUACAACAUUUUUAAUUAUAUCACUAUAUCACAUGAUGAAUAUAACCAGAUAUUUAAUCUCUUGAUGUUUAAUUUAGUCAUGUUGUGAUAUCAUUCCUUUCUGUAUAACUUCAUUAUGCUGAUCAGACAAUAAAUGUUAAUGUGACACGUUUACAUGUUAUUUAUGUUUCUACAUUCUCAUAUAUCAAUAAGGUUAUCGAUAACCUUUCGCAUAAAGUGUUUAUUACAUAAUACAAUGGUGUUUUAAUAGCGUAUUUUAUUUUGCGUAGUCCCUAAUGAAUAUAGUUUUGUAUUCAUGCAUAGAUACACUGCUAUACUUGCUCCGGACAUUGGAAUAAAGCAAUUUCGCUUUAGCGAUUGUGUCUAUGAUAGCUCGUCUCUACGAGGUACCUAAUAGCGGUGGAAAUUUUGAAGUAAUGAUAAAGUACUUCAACAACAAUUGUAUGUUCACAUUAUUCGAAUAUUUUCCAGCAUAAUUUAAGUAUAUGUAUAUAAUAGCGCUAUUACGACUAUACCAGAUUCUUUUAUCAUGUUUAUUACAUAUAAUCUGAUUGUAAAUGUGAAAUGUUUCCGGUACGAUCAGUGCGGGAUAGAAAUCCUGUUUUAUACAGUGCAUGAUCAGUAAAUGAUCAUAUAGAUAUAGGUGAUUAUAGACUAGGCCUAGACGAUCGAAUUUUCUACAUCGAUUUUGUAAAUUUAUUAAGCCUGGUGUAGAAGAAGUUACAUAAUUUUAUUUAGAUUUACUUGUUCCCGCACAAACUAUCGAUAAGGUUUUUUUUUGUGAGUAGUACGUUUUUACAAGACAUUUGUGUUUUGGAGCUUCUAGAUUUUUUUGUUGAUUUAAUUAUAUACUUCGUUUCUUUUGUUAUUUUGAUAUUGUUCAAACGAUGAUUAUGAUUAUAUGCAGUAUGAGUUAAAUGCUGUUACGAAUUAAUCAAUCUAAUAUAUAGUAACUCAAAAUGUACAUUGAAAUAUUUUGUAACAUUCUGCUA